GAUCACCACGCUUCCCCAUCUACCAUUGGAUGUCCCUGUAUAGAAGAUUCACCACGCUCGCACUCGCACCAGGAUACCCAGUCUCACCCUUUGUACUCUCACGCUCGUUACACCCACACCACUCGUAUACCACAAUGUCAGAUGCACGAGGCCCUCCUCGGGGCGCAUUCAGAGGUAGAGGACGCGGAAGAGGAGGUGGCAGAGGAGGACGCGGAGGAGGUGCUUUGAACCCUCAUCGCAUUCAGCACAAUCAGGCUCAAGCCCAGCAGCAGCAGCCAGUCGCUGCCACAGGUGGUGACGUCGAGAUGAAUGGAUGGGACGACACGCCGUUGCCCAGCGGCGCUGCGACGCCAACUACCAAUGGCAAGGCGUCGCACUUGAGCGAUGUCACCUUCGAUUCACUCAAGGGCACGGUGGACGACAGGGUACUGAAGAAUGUCAAAUUCUCUAACAUGACCACUGUGCAGGCUGCCACCCUAUCCCACGCUCUAGCCGGUAAAGACGUCUUGGCACAGGCCAAGACUGGUACCGGAAAGACCGUCGCCUUCCUCUUGCCUGCUAUACAGCGCUUGCUGAGCUUGCCACGGCCUCCGCAAAAGGGCAACGUCUCUGUCCUGGUCCUCUCCCCUACCCGCGAGCUAGCACUGCAGAUUGAAGCAGAAGCCAACAUCCUGCUUCAAGGCCUGUCGGCUUUCAUCGGCGUCCAGCACGUCGUGGGAGGAACAAACAUGAGCAGCGAGCAGCGUCGACUCAAGACCGAUCGAUGCGAUAUUCUCAUUGCCACUCCCGGACGACUGCAGGACCAUCUCGAGAACUCCAACCUGGCUCCCAAGUUUGCUGGACUGGAGAUCCUCGUUCUUGACGAGGCGGAUCGUAUGCUCGACAUGGGCUUCCGUCGCGAGAUCGAAAAGAUCAAGACAUAUCUCCCAGACAGGAGACAGAAGCCUCGUCAGAUGCUCCUCUUUUCCGCCACAUAUCCCGAGUCGGUGGUACAAGUCGCCGAUGUGCUCCCCGACCACGCUUUCGUCAACACAAUCCCAGAGGCCGAGCAGAACACACAUCGUCACGUACCUCAGGACUACCAGCUCGCACCGAUGCAAGAUCUUCUCCCUCUGACACUCUUGCACAUCUUGGCUGAACGCAAGCGUAAUCCCGGUGCAGCAAAAAUCAUUGUCUUCUUCCCCACUGCCAGGAGCACUGGUCUUGCCGCCGAGGUCUUCACAGCCAUCAAGGGCGCAGAUAUUGGACGUGUGUGGGAGAUCCACAGCAGGAAGAGCCAGUCGCAGCGUACAAAGGCCAGCGACGAAUUCCGCGCCUGCUCAGAGGGAGUCCUGUUCUCCAGCGAUGUAGCUGCCCGAGGUGUUGACUUCCCCAACGUUACCCUCGUAGUGCAGACUGGUCUUCCCAGCAGCUCGGACCAGUACAUCCACAGACUGGGCCGAACUGCACGUGCCGGUGCUGCUGGUCGGGGUCUUCUGCUCUUGGCCGACUGGGAGUCGAGCUUCCUCGGUCUUCCAGGCAUCAAGGCCCUACCUCUCAAGCCCCUCGAGUCGGCCGAGUCUAUCAACGCAGGUCUGCCGCAGGCCCGCUCCCUCGUUUCGGGCGUCAUGGCCAGGAACGUGAGCGCAGAGAGUAAAGCUCAGGCCUACCAGGCCGCUCUGGGUUACUACAAUAGCAGUACCAUCAAGUUCGGAGGAAAGGACAAGAUGGUCGCAGUGAUGAACCGAUACGCCAAGGAGGCGCUUGAGUACCAGGACGAGCAGGGAGGAACCAUCCCGCCUCUGCUGGCCAAGACUGUCGGUAAGAUGGGACUGAAGGGUACCCCUGGGCUCAACAUCGUCAGGGAGCUUGGCAGCAGUGGUGGUGGUGGUGGUGGAGGAGGAGGCGGAGGCGGCCGAGGCGGUGGCGGCGGCGGCGGUGGACGAGGUGGAAGGGGAGGGAGGGGCGGAGGUGGUGGUGGAGGUCGAGGCGGAGGCGACUCUGGUACUGGUCCAGCUCGACGUGGAAGGGGCGACUCGCGAGCCAGGCCCUUCUGA